CAAAAGGGUCAUGAUUCACUUCUUACUUUUCAUUCCUUUAAAUACUACAUACUUAGAAUACAAAGGGACUGAUCAAACCAAACAAGCAUAGCUAGCUUCCUCUAAUAGCUCAAACCAUUCCUCUUCACCUUGCUACUGCUAGGCCUUUCUACCAAACACAAAUCUUAUAUAUCAAUUCAAUAUGAAGACUUCACUUCUUCAUGACAUAGUUAUUGGAACCACAAUCAUCUCAGCAACAUAUGACCAAUUUCAAAAAUCAGUUAACAGAUACUUACUUGAUUCUGCCACUCAUCAAUGUCAACUUUCAACCAAACAACAAAACAAAAGUAGAGCAAAUUCUAACCAAGAAAAGCGCAGCAGGAAGGCCGAUAGUCUCUCACAAAGAGUUCAAGAACAUGUGAGAUCGGGAGCAAACAUAUCUAAAACAAUAAAGAGGACGUUGAACUUAGGGGCUCAAAUUCUUCAAAUGGGUGGAGUGGAGAAAAUGUUUAGGCAGUAUUUUAGUGUGAGAGAAGGAGAGAGGCUAUCAAAAGUUUCGCAGUGUUAUCUUUCCACCACAUCCGGUCCUCUAUCUGGUCUCCUCUUCAUCUCCAAUGAAAAGGUGGCCUUCUGCAGUGAGAGAACAAUAAAAGUCUUCAAUCAGAAAGGUCAAAUGCGUAGGAUCCGCUAUAAGGUUGCCAUUCCACUGAAGAAGAUCAAGUGUGUGAGGCAGAGUCAAAAUGUUGAGAAGCCAACACAAAAGUACAUAAACAUAGUCACAAUGGACAAUUUUGAUUUCUGGCUUAUGGGUGUCCUAAAAUAUCAGAAAACUUUCAAAUAUAUCGAGCAGGCAAUUUCUCAAGCAUGCUUAGAUGAAUAGAACAAGUCCACUCUUAGAGCAUAACAUAAAGAAUUUAAGAUAUAACUUACUAGAGAUGACAUACAACAAGCAAUGAUAUGACAGAUGUAAUUGAAGAUAUGCUUUGAAACGAGGGACUUCGUGAACAAAACACCUCAUCAUAGUUUUGGUUUCAUUGAUAUUAGCUCGGAUGUAAACUUGGCUGUCAACAUAUUGUUGAUAAAGUUGUUAAUGCAAGAGAUCAUUUGGCAUGUGCUUUGUAACCCCAAGCAGUGGCUGUUAAUGACAACAAGACCAUUCUUUUAGAAGGUAUCCAUUCAUCCAUAGGACUGAAUUAUAAAUUUAAUGAAGGGAGAUUAUUGUUAUGGUUGAAAAA